GUGCGCGAGAGAGAAAGGUAACAUAACAUGCGCUAAAUAAAGUGAGCGAUAUAUUGAAAGAGAGAGAGAGAGAUUCCCGCGUGAAGUUGGAGCGAGACGCGAUAAAUCGGAGCGAGAGCGCAGCGUCUGGUGGAACUGCGAGAGGGAGAGACGACGUCGCCGUGAGAUCAAGUGCGGGAGGAGAACCGCCACACAGUGUAGCAGGAGAGUACGCUACCUAGCCUAGCACCUAGGCUCGCGUUGGACGUCGUGGGGCACGCUGGACAGCUCGAGCGAACCGCGCGCGCUGACGUCGACAGAGAGCGUUAGAUCGUUCCGUCAUCUUUCUCGCUCUCUCUGUCCCCUCCAUUCCACCUCAUCCUCCCCUUGCUCCCUUCUCCGUCGUCCGUCAAGCAUCGCGCGCGCGAGACAUACCGUCGUCGGUCGGUGCGCCGUGUGACAGCUUCCGCGCGCGGUCUUCUCUCUGUGCGAGUUCGAUCGUCGUCUGUCGUAGUUCUUGUCAUCGGCAGCGUUCCGCAUUUCUCGAAAGCGGAAUCGCGCGCGCGGGCAACCAAGUACCAAGAGAGGUAAGAGACGCGGACUCUGAUCCAGAUUCCGGAGAGGCCGGCGUCCCCGGCGACGAGCCGCUCGCGUGCAGCUCGGGGCACCCAUCGACAUCGAUUGAUUGUCGAUCGGUCGUUCGGUAUCUAGUAGCAGCAUCAGCAGCGGCGGCACCAUGGCGGACGAUCCGGAGAACAACACGUGCGAGGACUCCCCCGGGACCGGCGAUGGCAACACCUAUUUUGCCAACAAGUUGCGGGGCCGGAAGGGCGCUCUCAAGAAGAAGAAUGUCUACAUGGUUAAGAAUCACAGCUUCAUGCCAAGGUUCUUCAAGCAGCCCACCUUCUGCAGCCACUGCAAGGACUUCAUAUGGGGCUUCGGGAAACAGGGAUAUCAGUGCCAAGUAUGUAGUUUCGUCGUUCACAAACGAUGUCACGAAUACGUGACCUUCACGUGUCCUGGAGCUGACAAAGGAGCCGACUCGGAUGACACGCGGACGAAGCACCAUUUCAAGCAACACACCUACAACAGCCCCACCUUCUGUGACCACUGCGGUAGUCUUCUCUAUGGUGUCAUCCACCAGGGCAUGAAGUGCCAAGCAUGCGACAUGAACGUACACAAGAGGUGCGAGGAGAGCGUGCCGAAUCUAUGCGGAUGCGAUCACACCGAAAGACGUGGUCGUAUACACCUGCACAUCACGUGUUCCGGUAACAAGCUCACCGUAGAGGUGCGAGAAGGACGAAAUCUUAUUCCGAUGGAUCCGAACGGACUAUCGGAUCCUUACGUUAAGCUGAAGUUAAUCCCGGACUCGGACAACGUAAAGAAGAAAACAAAGACAAUCAAGUCGAGCUUAAAUCCAGAAUGGAAUGAGACACUCGUCUUUGACCUGAAACCUGAAGAUAAAGAUAGGCGACUAUUGAUCGAGGUAUGGGAUUGGGAUCGAACGUCCAGAAACGAUUUCAUGGGAUCCCUAUCUUUUGGCAUAUCGGAGCUUAUUAAAGCGCCCGCGAGUGGUUGGUUCAAGCUCCUCACUCAAGAGGAGGGUGAGUUCUACAAUGUACCUGUACCUGAGGAAGGCGUCGACCUCGCCGAGCUUAAAACCAAAAUGCGGAAAACUUCGGUGACGAAGAAGACACAUACGACCCAGGAUAAGGAUGUGCCGCACAAUAUGGGUAAAAGCGAUUUAAUACGAGCUAGCGACUUUAAUUUCUUAAUGGUACUCGGCAAAGGCAGCUUUGGCAAGGUCUUGCUGGCGGAGAGAAAGGGUACCGACGAGCUGUAUGCUAUCAAAAUCUUGAAGAAGGACAUUAUUAUCCAAGACGACGAUGUGGAAUGCACGAUGGUUGAGAAACGUGUACUCGCGCUCUCGAAUAAACCGCCCUUCCUCGUGCAAUUGCACUCUUGCUUUCAAACAAUGGAUCGUCUAUACUUCGUAAUGGAAUACGUGAACGGCGGCGAUCUGAUGUACCAAAUACAGCAGUGUGGCAAAUUUAAAGAGCCGGUGGCAGUAUUCUAUUCGGCUGAGAUAGCGAUCGGCCUGUUCUUCUUGCACGCGCGCGGCAUCGUCUACCGUGAUCUCAAGCUCGAUAACGUUCUGCUGGAUCAGGACGGCCAUAUAAAGAUUGCUGACUUUGGCAUGUGCAAGGAAGGCAUUACCGGCGAUAAAACUACCAAAACCUUUUGCGGCACGCCCGAUUACAUAGCGCCGGAGAUUAUCCUAUAUCAACCUUAUGGCAAAUCCGUGGAUUGGUGGGCUUACGGUGUAUUGCUCUACGAAAUGUUAGUGGGCCAGCCACCGUUCGAUGGCGAAGACGAGGACGAACUUUUCUCCGCGAUUACGGACCAUAAUGUCAGUUAUCCGAAGAGUCUAUCCAAAGAGGCCAAAGAAGUUUGUAAAGCGUUUCUCACAAAGAAUCCAAGCAAGAGAUUAGGAUGCGGAAUGCGCGGCGAGGAGGAUGUGCGGAUCCAUGCGUUCUUCCGGCGUAUCGACUGGGAGAAGAUAGAGAAUCGCGAGGUGCAACCACCCUUCAAGCCAAAGAUUCAACAUCGUAAAGACGUGAGUAAUUUCGACAAGCAGUUCACCUCAGAGAAAACAGAUCUGACUCCCACGGAUAAGCUGUUCAUGAUGAACUUGGACCAGACGGAAUUUAUGGGUUUCUCAUAUCUCAAUCCAGAGUUUGUGCAACAUGUUUAAGCGGAAUACUUUAUCUCAGGCUCGUACCUAUCCUUCACUUCAUUCCUCGCCGUUCAUCUUUCUCUUUGUCACUCAGGGCUCUCUCAUCCCUCUCUUGCUCUCUAUCCGUUUUUUCUCUUUCUCUCUCUCUCUCUCUCUCUCUUUCUUUCUCUCUAUCUCUGACUCUCGCUGUAGCAUUUUCGUGAUAAAACGAGCGAGAAUUUGGUGCGCUGUCGUUUUUGAAUUUCAUUAAGAAUUCACGCGAGAAUCUCAGAUGUAUUUUUAAGCAAUCGCGCGAUAGUCGAUUGUAUAUCACUACGCUGUAAGAAAGAAAAAAACAAGCGAAAGAAAUACGGCGUAGAUGCUGAAGAUUCAAUCCAAAUAAUUAUCGCGAGAAAAAAAACGAACGAACGGAGAAAUAGCACGUAAAGAAGAAAUAACACGAUAAGACGGAAAUUUCAAAGCGAUGUCUUCGUUCUCUGCGUAUAUUAUUAUGCAUUUACUUCAGUAGUCUCUCUACUGUCGCCUUCCAGAGUAUAUAUAAUAUAUAUAUAUAUAUAUAUAUAUAUAUAUAUAUAUAUAUAUGGGACGAAUGAAUGAAUAUAUAUGUGAUUAUAUAUACAUAUACAUAAUAUAUAUAUAUAUACAUAAAGUCAUUACGAUAUAUAUUACAUAUAUACAUAAAUAAUAAUAUAUAUUAUACAUUAUAAAUUUCUAUCGAUAUUUCGUUAACGUUGCACUUCUCGUCGGUUUAAUCUUCUUAAGUAGCUGAUCUUUAGAAAGUUGAGUCCUUAGAUUCUCCGGACUCACGACGGGUUAAGAAUUUAUUAGUGCUACGUUGAGAUCAAUUCUUAUAUUGACACAUAUACACAUAUAUAUACACACACAUAUGCAGAUACAUACGCACACGUACAUGUAUACAUAUAGAAGUACACUCAUAAACAUUCACAAAAAUACACUCGUAAACAUUCAGAAACAUACAAGUAUACUCACACGAACACAAGUGAUACAUGUAUGAUAUUUUUUCCUUUCUCCCUUGUUCGUUGCGGAAGCACGAGUCUGAAGUGUCUUUUCUAGUUUUUCUCCGUCGUUCUUCGAUAGGAACGCGGACACGACUACAGGAACCAUGCUCGAUAAACUCUCGUAUGUAUACAUUAUAUCAAUAAGUAAUGACACAGAAAGCGAUUUUGAUGCGGGGAUGCGCUGAGUCGAUCGCGGCCUGUUAACAAUAAGUGAAAAGCUCAUCGCGUCGAAUAAUAACAGAGGACGAGAUCUUAUAACACAACAGUCUCGCAUUUGAAGGAGAAAGAGGGGGCAGAAUAUAGUCGACAAUAUAAACACCUGCGUGUGCGCCAGCGUGUAAAGUUUUAUGUAUUCUUCGUUGAUGUAAUAAUACGCCGUGGCGAUAUUAUUCGACACGAUAAUAUUUUACAUGCGGGAUGCGCGAGAAUAUACAAUUCUCUGCGAACACAGUCUCUCUGCGAUUACGUAAAAUUUUUUAUCGCCCCGUUAUAUGCGGAUUCUCUGAUUUUACGUGUGAUAUUAUUAUAGAUACGACGCGAAUAAUUUAUUCUCGUGUGGUACAAUUAUAUAAGGAGAUAAAAAUUUUAUAUUAAAAUAAUGAUAAGCAUAUUUAUCGCUUAUGAAUAUGUUUAUCAUUAUUAUGAAUAAUGUUUCUCAUGCGAGCGAAGGAUUAUUAAUUUUGCAUUGUCUUGACAAUCGAAAGGAUCAAGAACAGGGUCUUGGUCCACUUAGCGCUUUCCUUGCGCUUUCCUUUGUAAUUACAUCGGUGCGCUCGCUUUUCUCGCCGAGUCUCUUUGAUUUGUCUCGUCGAGAAGGGCACAAUUAUCGGAGGGAGCUUAGUGAAACUUAGUACAAGCGAGUAUAUAACAAAAAGAAAGGCAUACUUAUGCAAUGUUUUUCUCCUCUGUUUCUUCAAUGAUCAUAAUCCGCGCGUGCGAUCAAUAGUGUUGUUAAUAAUUAUAAUUGAUUAAUGCGCAUAUAUAAUUAUAUUGUAGACGUAGUUGAUGAGCUCACAACGCGAGUUUCUCUUCAUUUUUGUACAUCCGGUAUUGGCAAAUUGACGAGCGAUUAUUCGUCGAGUUUAUUUGUACGAUGCAGCUACAAUUGUUGUAAUUACGGCGAAAUAUAAGAUUGCCAAAGCAGAAAAAUAAUGACAGAGAUUUUUUUGCACUUCGAAGAUCAAAUCGUUACAAGAGAAUAAUUGCAAUUGCUCGUCGAGUUGCCGCAUAAAAUAUAAAAUUCUUAAGGAUGAGCUCGUAUCCUUUUUUCCGUCUCGUAUUUGUAUUCUUUUUAUGUAUAAGCGAUGUCUCUUCAGAAUUUAAUCGCGUAUUGAUUAAAUGAUUCACAAUUUAAUUACGGCAGGAUUCAAACUCGCUUCACGAUUUUCUCGAUAUAACGGAAUCAUGAAAUUGCGCUCAAUGAGUAAUGAAAUUUUUUUGUAUAAAAGUUAUAUGUCCCGAUAUCAUUAAGUUAAAAAAUAUAUUAUAUUUUUUGUUACUAUGUAAACAUACGCUUUUUUGAGCAUCACCAUGGUAAAAGGAUACGAAUUCGCGUUUCUUUACAAUUCUGAGAGUAUCACUUAUUUUAUUGAGCGUGUUCCGAUAAUAUAAAAGAUUUAAUAAAACUCUUUCGCCCUUUUUCUCAACGGGUGAUUCUUGUUCUUCGAUCGGACGUCUUCGCGCAGUCUCGCCGCGAAAUAAUAUUCUCUUUUUAACGUCGGGCUAUCUGAUAUUAUUUCGAGGAAUCGUAACUCGCAAAUUUAUCAGUUGUACCAGCAGAAUUUUGUUUUUUCUUAUAUCGUAUAUAUAUAUAUAUAUAUAUAUAUAUAUAUAUAUAAAUCGAUAUAGUAAUUGGCACACACUAGUUCUCUGCAUAUUUUGUGUUCUCCGCAUUCAUUCGUUCGUACCUUUGAAUAUUACAAUAUAUUUUUUGCUUAUCUAUGAUAUUAUAGCAACUUUAAGUAAUGUAAUAAAAAAAUUAUUGCGCCUGUUAAAAUAAAAUAAUCAUUCCACGUUUGUAGUCAUAAAAAUCUGAUGAUUUUUGUGAAAGACGCUCGACGAUAACAUUUGUUGUUAAAAACGGACCUCGAACAUCUUUGCAGGAGGCUGCGCGAUCUGCGUUCGAAAUCUAUUUUUGUACUAAAAAAGAUGAAAUUCAAGGGAGGCUAUGUCGCUUCUCUUCUUUUCCUAUGUGCGUCUAUCUAGUAGAUAUCUUGUUGUCACAUUUGUGGCACUUGUGGCUUUCUAGUCUGUACGUUGAUUCAGGCGUUGUUCGUGUAAUGAUGCAGAAGGCAUCAUUAAAGAUAACUGAUAAGUCACAAUCGCUGAUGCGUCUAUGCAGGAGAAAGAGAAGAUGCGUGUGGGCUGCAAAUUUUGACAAGAGCAAAAAUACUAUUUUGCUCCAUGGUAUUUUUUUCAUUUUAAUCAACUGUAAACUUAUCUAUAAAAUUACGUUAUAAAAAUUUAAUUUUAGACACUUUAUUUUAUAUAAAAUCUUUAUUUCUGACAUUAUCUUUCUCUCUAUUUUCUUUACUAUUUCUUUUCUUAUAAAAUUGCUGUUUUAUUCAGAAGUGUAGACGCUGUUCUUUUCGAAAAAUAAGGAUGCAGCUAAUUGCAUAAUACAUACGAGCACGACAUGUUUUUAUUUUUACAAAUAAAAUUCUUUUGUAUUGUUUAGAAUUAAAUGUACAGACGGUGCAUUGCGUUUAUGUGAAAGACCGACACUCUCAAUUUUGGCAAUCCGCUCUCGCUUCUGCGUGACUAAUCAGCAGCAAGAAUUGGUUUGAUGAUAUACUUGAAAAGUGGCAAAAUCUUUAAUGAGGAACAUCAAAUAAGCGAUAGUGAUUUUAUAACAAUUAUGCUGGUUUAUUUUUCUUAAUAGAGACAGCGUGAGAUAUCAGUUUCCGCGACAGUCUCUAUUGUCGAUUUCUCUGUCUAUCUCUCUUUCCCUUCCUUUCACUCAAUCUUCCUUUGUAUUAUUCUGUCUGUCUCUUUUUUCGAAACUCUAGUUCUAGGUGUUCAAUCUUUUUCGGAAGGUAAGGAGUAUAUAGAAUAUAUAUAUUCUUAUUGAUAUAUAUUAUAGUUUCAAGGGAAUCGACUACGCGUGUUCGUCUAUCGUGGUUCUGAACAAGAAAAUCCGGAAAAAUUAUGUCGAGUCUUUUGGAGAUGAAAAUCGAAAAAGUGGAUAUAUUAACAAGCAAUAAGGGAAAUUGAUAAUUAAUUUAAAUAUUAAUAUUUUCUUGCAUAUGUUAGUUUAUUAUGCAUAAAGUAAUUAAUUAUUUUUCCAGCGAGAAAAAAGAUAAAAUGUAACGAUAUUGAAGAUACGCAAGACGAGAUAUUUUUCCUUCAGAACCAUGGACCGUGAACAAUGUUCGUAUACGUAACGUAUUUGCGGCGAUAUUAAAUUUUAAGACAUUUUAUGCGAAAUGUCUUUGUAGUAAAAUGCCAACAACAUCUGAUUUUAAUGAAUUACAAGGAUUUAUUUCACAACUAUUAAUAUAAAAUAAUAUUCUUAUAACUUUGUCUUUGUAACGUAUAUUUAUUUUUCCGUAGAGAUUUUAACAAAUUUUUGAAAAACACAUUUACGUACGUCUAUAAUUACUCGAUACAUUUUCUAAUUUCAUUAAUAACGUUCCAAAUGCGUACGUACCACGCACAUAAUCGCAGAGCGUAAUCGAGCGUUGUCUAGCGCGUUAUAUUUAGCUCCUAAGUUAAAUGAGAAGAGUAGCGAAUAAAAAAAAAGAACAAAAAAAAAUAAAUAAAUAAGAAGAUAGAUAAUAUAUAGAGAGACGUAGAGUAAUAUAUAUAUAGAAGAGAAUAAUCGCGCGUAGAGCUCUAUUUCAUCCUACCAUACUGUAAUUAAAUCUGUCGUUCUCCUGAUUACACCCAUUAAUACACUUAUUUACACACAUAUACGCAUAUUUUUAAGAUGUUUUUGUGCAUUUAUAAUGUCGUAAUAAAAGUUCCGAAUCUCUCUCGUGACAAGAUUUGUUAGAGCCCCUGUGCGACAAAAUGUCUUGUCUCUGUGUAUCAAAUAACUUUCGAUAUUUAUUUAAUAUUUGGAUUCUAUUGAAAUCUUUUGAUAUUCAGAUGAAAUAUUCUUAAAGUAUAAUACAUUAUUUUACAAAUUUA